AUGAAGGCCUUAAUCAGGAGAGAUUUCCAGACCUCAAGGUGCAUUGAACUUAAAGCUCGAACAAAGGAGAAACAGUGGACAGUGUCACUCUACGACAUAGCCGACUGGCCAAGAAUCGAAGCCGUUGCUACCGACAUAGCCGACUGGUCGAGAAUCGAAGCCGUUGCUGCGUUUAGACUUUGGCCAAGAAUCGAAGCCGUUGCUGAGUUUAGACUACGUACGGACGGAUUGCCUGGCAAAACACCUUCAAAGAUUGGGAGUAUACACUGGCCUCACAAAUUGGGAUUAUACACUCAACCCACAUGCCCUCCAUGUAACGAGGAAAUGGAGAAGACCCACCUGAUUCGGUGUCUAGCGAUCAACCCACAUGCCCUCUAUGUAACCUACAGGAGGAAAUCUGGCGAAGCACCUUCACAGAUUAGGAGAGGAAAUGGAGAAGUCCCACCUGUCUAUGUGACCUACAGGAGGAAACGGAGAAGACCCACCCUAUGUAACCUACAUGGGGGAAUGGAGAAGGCCCACCUGAUUCGAUGUCCAGCCAGAGAUACUGUGAAGCAAGAAGACAGCUAA